GUUAAUUAGACGGAGAGGAGAAGCCGGAGAAGCGGAGCGGAGGAGAGUCUGUGCUCGGGGGGACACGCCGGGAAACAAGCGCUGUAAACGGAGCCGGGGAGCCAUGGUGCAGCACACGGAGGUCCGCCAGGGGGGCGGCCGGACCCCCAGGACCCGCGCCGGGGCCGGGGCCGGGGCCCCGCGGGGGGCCAGCCCGGCCGGGACGGAGCGCUGCCGGGGCGCGCCGGGACACAUCAAGCGGCCCAUGAACGCCUUCAUGGUGUGGUCCAAGGGGGAGCGGAGGAAGAUCAUGCAGCACAACCCGGACAUGCACAACGCAGAGAUCUCCAAGCGGCUGGGGAAGCGCUGGAAGGCGCUGCGGGACGCGGAGAAGGUUCCGUUCGUGCGGGAGGCGGAGCGGCUGCGGCUGCAGCACAUGGCCGACCACCCCGACUACAAGUACCGGCCCAGGAAGAGGCCCCGGGCCGAGGGGGCCCCCCAGGGCCCCCCCGCCUGCAGGAAACCCUCCAAGCUGAAGCCCAGCAGGGCUGGGGGGGCCGGGACCAGCUUAAAGAACCAGGACUCUACCGACGAGGAUGAGGAGGAGGAGGAGGAAGAGGGAGACCUGGACCCGGACCCCCCGUCCCGGUCCAGCCCCGGUCUAAGCCUCUCCGAGCCGGCCCGACCCGUCCCCUACGACCCUCCUCCCCGCCGCCUCUUCUUCCGGCUGAAGAACAUCACCCAGAAGGUGCUGUCCUCCCCCUCGUACCCGGCCUCCCUGUCCCAGUGCUGCGGCGGGGGGGAGGACCUGGACCAGCUGAGCCCCCCGGGCCCCCUGGGGAGCCCAGAGGCCUCGGCCCUGGAGCCCUGGAGCCCCGCCUUCAGCCCCGUGGGGGCGGCCUCCGCCCUCUCCCUGGUGGACCAGGACCUGGACUCGUGCAGCAGCAGCCGGGGCAGCCACUUCGAGUUCCCCGACCACUGCACCCCCGAGCUGAGCCGCAUGAUCGCGGGGGGGUGGCUGGAGGCCAGCUUCUCCGACCUGGUCUUCACCUACUGACCCCCGGGGCCGGGUCGGGGUGGUGGUACUGGGACCAAUGCGUCCCGGCUCUAAAGAUACACUAGACAAAGACUUCUUAACCACCAGGUCGGCCUCAGGAUGAGACUCAACCCCAACAACUAAGACGCCUCGGCAACGUAUACACUCACUAGCUUCCUGUUGCUGAACUUGAACUGGAGAUCCACAAAUGUGUGUCCUCCAUCACCAUGGGCCGUCUCAUCCCAACUGUCCUCUCCUUCCUGAACUAUUGCCAACAGGGUUUUCUGAUUUGUGGUUUUGUGUUCCUGGCCUCUGAGCCGGGACCCGGACUAUGCACCUUCCACAGACCCAGUUCUGCUCGCUGCAGGACUUCAGGACUGUUUAUUUUUCCUUCUGAAUAUGUAGCGUGUUCAUAGUUUUUGGAGCUUCUUGAAGAGAAUCACAACCAGUUCUUGUAGUUGGAAACAAACAUACCUCGUGUUUUUUUUUUUUUUUUUUUUACAGAAAUACAAAAUAAAAGUAUUUUCAGGUGUAUUUUUGUAGGUCAAAGGGAACGUCGGGCGCUUGUUCACGUUACCUGAAUGUCAGUGGGUUGGGGCUUCCACGCCGCCUGCUGUGAUGGGAUGCCUUGCAGUUGUGACUGCGGG